AUGUCGGCCUUGGACCCCUCACUCAGCAUCAAUACGUUAAUGGCAGCUGGUCUGACGGAUAAUCCCGCUCACAACACGGCACAAUCGGCUUCGUCAGCGGCUCUGUCAGAUACCGAUAUACCCAAAGUCCUAGCUCGUAAUGCAGCCUGUCACCAGUGUCGCAAACGGAAGCUAAAAUGCGAUGCCGUCAAACCGAUCUGUACGAAUUGUCAAAAGCCAAGGCAGCGUGGCGUCAACAAGGGCGAUCAUGGAUCAGAAAGUGAACCUUGCUCAUGGGAUGAACCGAAAGAACCGAGUGCUAGAACCCGUCGAAGGAGGGAAUCGGCAAAAAGACAGGCAUUGGCAGCAGCACAAGAACGCAGAGAAGAUGAGCAGGAUCAGGAAGUCAGUGUGAAGAAAGCAAAGCUCAACGAACUCGAAGGUCGUAUUGCUGCCUGUCACAGCGUUCUCGAAGGGCAAAAGCAAGGACUGGGACACUCGAGUUUCAAUGUCACCGAUAAUGCCGCUCCUCAUCUUGGUCAACCCUCUCAGUCUGCCUCCAACGGGGGGUACACUUAUGACCUUCAAUAUGUACAAAAUGCUCCUACCUACAACGGACAAGCGUCCAUGUCGGCAUCAACAUCAGGAUUGGAAAACUCGGCGCACCAACAACAUCUUUCAAGCCAGGGCAAUUGGCAAAACAUCUCGUCGUUCUAUAUGGGCGGGAUUGGUCUCGAGUCUCCCGGAAAGGACUUGUCAGCGAAUCGGACGUUCAGCGAUCCGUCUCAAACAGAUCCGUUAUCGGGCUUCUUUGAUUUGAUCUGGCCAGACUGGCCGAAGGAUCUGCCGAAGUACGAAGUCGUUGAGCAUAUGGUCCGGGUUUUCUUCGAGAAGGUUCCCACUCUGCCCAAGAUGCUCAACAAGAAUCAGAUACUGCAGAACCUGAUGUUACCACCUACCCAUCGUGAAUUCCCCGCUCAACCAUUGUUGCAUGCCAUUCUAGCUGUAACUUCGAACUUCAUCUCUGAAACCUCCUUGGCUGCAAGAGCAUAUUUCCCCGUUGGCGCUUCCUCCAACGAAUUCACCCAUCCAUCAAAAGACUUCGACGGAUCUGCAACGGAACCACACUUCAAUUUCACUAGUUCUUCAGCAGCCCGUAAAAUGGAGACGACAACGCCCUUGAGUCGAUUUCAGUUAUGGCAUCGUCGAAAGGCAUUUCAAACGUUCUCUGCGCGUAUCGACCGAGGUGAUAAAUUUCUGCAAUGUAUGCAAGCCUAUAUUAUCGCUACUACGGUUGACCAAUAUAACGCUUGGUGGACCGAUCUAUGGAUGGAAUCUGGAGCAUGCAUAAGAAUGGCCACUCCCAUGCGUCUCAAUGAAUCUCCAAACGUCCCUCAAAACACUCUAUCCAGAGGCGUCAACUCGCUUUUGCCUCCCGCGGCGAGUGAUAUGGACCAAGCGGAAAGGGAUCGGACCUGGUGGAUGGCAUACAUCUUGGACCGUUGCAACACUGCUAGUACAACCUGGCCAAGUUCUCUAAGCGAGGAUGAAAUCACCGUAGAACUGCCGGUGCUGCAGGCUACGUAUGACAUCGGACAUGGCGAAUUGACAGGAGUGCAGUCUUUACAAUCUCCUGAUUUAUAUACUAAUCAUCCGCCACGACAUCGUGAUAGUUUCUGCCUUUUGAUCAAAUCGUUGAAACUGUUUACAGAGGUGCAGAUCUUCUUCCGUCGGUAUAGCAGAGGGACCCAUAGUAUUGCCGGAUACCUCUCACAUCCAACCUUCAGAGUACUCUUGUCUCAGAUCAACACUUUCAGAAUGAGCUUUCCACCAGAGUUUCGACGUCCUACCUCCUUCAAAGCUGAUCAAGGGGUCGAAGCCUUGGACAGAGAUCUUAUUCAAACUCUCUGGAUUCUCCACACUGCAAGCAUUUGCUUGGGGGAACCCUUGGUCACCAAGGAUACUUGGACUCAUGAAGGAGCUCGUAUGACGCUUGCUGCUAUACGAGCAGCUUUGUCCCUGUUGUAUGAUAUCACUGCCACCAGUUACGAUUUGACUCUGUUCGGUCCUCAUUGCUCUUUCACUUGGUCUUUGGCUGCCAGAGGACUGCUUAGAUUCAUCGAGGCGGCUUCUCAGGCUGGUGAUCCUGUGUCAGCUUCGGUCUUCAGGUCAGAAGUGGAAGUUUUCCGGCUCGCGCUUCAGAGAUAUUCGGAACGAUUCCCAAUCGCAGUCAAGCAUUUGCGAAUUGUCGAUGAUCUUCUCGCACAGAUGGAGCUCCAAUCAAGCGAUAGAAAACCUCUUACUGUUCUGUACACUUGCUCCAUGGAAGAUAUCGUCACAUCUGGUCGACCUGUCGGAGCAUACGCUACUGUCUCAGAAACAGCUUCUACUCAGACGAUGGUCACUCCGGGCGGUUCCAGCGGAUUCACACCCGACUCACAGGGGCCCACGAUCUCACCGGCGAAUGACCAAUCUCGCUCAAAUUCUAAUCAAAAUAUUAAAUCGGGUGACAACGUCAAUAAUCCAAUGCCUGCUCCGUCGGUGUUGGUGGACAGGGGAUUUCAAGAGUCGUGGAAUAUCAACAGUUUCAGUUUCGACAUCAAUGCGAUGGUCAGCAUGUUUGAGAGUAAUGGGGCGGUAUUUGAUGGAUCACAAUUCAUCAUGCCAACGCAAUAG